AUGUCUUCUACCAACACACCGCGAAUCUCUUCUUCUCUUCACGAAGCCGCAAGUGCUGUGUUCAAGCUCACACAGCACAACAGCCGGCUCCAACAACACCAACUCGAUCAAGCGCUGAAAUUCAGACAGCUCGCCGAUUCCUUGCAUCGAUCGAUUGACGAGUUGGAGGUGGCGAUCAUGCACCUGAGAUGUGUACCCGGCUCCGAGGCGUACUUCUAUCAGGCCCAGCAGCAUUUUUAUUCAUUCCGCCUCAUCGAAAACGAUCUCAAUAAGACUCUCGCAUCCAUCACCCACGCCGACUUCAAAUUUUGUCAAGAAACGCGGACCACCUAUGCCCAAUUUCUGGGCCAUAUUUCUUGCUACACCGGCGAUGACACUCAAGCCCUGGCAUCACUCAAAGCCACCACCGGACUAUUCGACGUAUUCCACUCGCAACAACGACAAAGACUUGCUACCAUGCGCGAUCAGCUCGAUAGCCUCACCCUUGUUAUGAACAAGAUGGCGGCUUUGAAACACGGGUUGGAGGAACAAGGGUUAAUCUGA